GAGGCGUCGGUGGCGGUGUCGCCAUCAUCGCGCACGCCGCCGUACCAACCCGAGGAAGAACACACGGCACUCAGACGCGCUCCGUUGUCGACACGCCAGGACAGGACACAUCUACCACCCCCCCGAAGCAGAAAGACCGCAGCCCGAAGCGCGUCGACCCAAAGCAAGCUGAGCUCCCAGUCCAGUCUCCACCGCCGACCCAGAUACCUCCCUUCUUCUCGAAGCUUCAAUUGGCGCUGGUGCUGGUGGUUACUAGUGUCGGUGGGUGGCCGGGUGGUGGGAUGCCCUCCGCGACGGCGACCGCCGCUCGCCUUCGCCGCUUCCCGCUGUUAAAAGCGGGCCGCUCGCCCGGCGCGAGCCGCCGCCGCUGACGACGACGACAACCUCUCGGCGCCCGCCAUGGACGCGGCAUCCCGCCCCGCCGUCGUCAUCGACAACGGCACCGGGUACACGAAGAUGGGGUUCGCGGGGAACGUGGAGCCCUGCUUCAUUACCCCGACUGUCGUCGCUGUCAAUGACUCCUUCUCCGCCCAGACGACGACGAGGGGCGCCUCCGCCAAGGGGAACUGGCUGGCGCAGCACAGCGCCGGCGUCAUGGCCGACCUCGACUUCUACAUCGGGGAGGAGGCGCUAUCCCGGUCCCGCGCCAGCAGCACGUACAGCCUUAGCUACCCCAUCCGCAAUGGCCAGGUGGAGAAUUGGGACACCAUGGAGAGGUUCUGGCAGCAGUGCAUCUUCAAUUAUCUGCGGUGUGACCCGGAAGAUCAUUAUUUUCUUCUAACCGAGAGCCCUCUGACUGCUCCUGAGACCCGGGAGUACACCGGAGAGAUCAUGUUCGAGACGUUCAAUGUGCCCGGUCUCUAUAUUGCAGUCCAACCGGUGCUCGCGCUCGCUGCUGGGUACACUACCACCAAGUGUGAAAUGACAGGUGUUGUAGUUGAUGUGGGUGAUGGAGCUACUCACGUUGUUCCUAUCGCUGAUGGUUAUGUCAUUGGGAGCAGUAUCAGAUCUAUUCCAAUUACAGGCAAGGAUGUUACCCAGUUUAUUCAGCAACUUCUAAAGGAAAGAGGUGAGCACAUUCCACCAGAAGAAUCUUUUGAUGUAGCAAGGAGGGUUAAAGAAAUGUACUGCUAUACUUCUUCCGAUAUUGUGAAGGAAUUCAAUAAGCAUGACAGGGAGCCCUCAAAGUACAUUAAACACUGGACUGGCAUCAAACCAAAAACUGGUGCCAAAUACACAUGCGACAUUGGAUAUGAGCGCUUCCUGGGGCCUGAGAUCUUCUUCAACCCAGAGAUUUACAACGAUGACUUCACCACUCCUUUGCAAGUUGUUAUUGACAAGUGCAUCCAAUCAUCCCCAAUCGACACAAGGAGGUCUCUUUAUAAGAAUAUUGUCUUGUCUGGGGGGUCGACUAUGUUCAAGGAUUUCCAUAGGAGAUUACAACGGGACCUAAAAAAGAUAGUGGAUGCACGGGUCCGUGCAUCUAAUACUCGGCUUAAUGGAGACGCGAAGGCCCAGCCUAUUGAAGUGAAUGUGGUCAAUCAUCCUAUUCAGAGAUUUGCGGUUUGGUUUGGCGGUUCCGUGCUUGCUUCUACUGCUGAAUUCUAUGAGGCUUGCCACACUAAAGCAGAGUACGAAGAGUACGGUGCAAGCAUCUGCCGAUCAAAUCCUGUUUUCAAAGGGAUGUAUUGAGUCCAUCGGCCAAUCACGUUUUCAAGGGAAUGUAUUAAACCGGAGAGUGAAUCCUCACGCUGGACAUCACAAAUGCCAUCCUAUGCAAUAUGCAAUCAACCAGCGCCUGCGCAUUCCCAUGCCAAAUAAGGAGAGUGACUGUGGAGGCGGCCUGUCGAGGGAUCCUCUAGAAGCCUCACGGUGCGAGUUGUACAAACCAUAGUUCAAACUAGAAGUUCGGCGUGGCAUUGUCACGCCCGAUGGCCACGUCAGGUGUCUUGAGUUACCGUAUACAGUUGAUAUUAGUCAAACAACCAAGGUCUCGAGUUCAUGCGUUAGGUCUUCUAUUUACUGAACUCUUCUAAUUCUUGAUAUUCAUUAGUAUUAUUUGUUUUGCUUUUCAAUCUCA